CUAUAAAGGCUGUAGCAAUGCAGGAGCUUAGUAUGGUUUGCAGCUGCACAGUUACUGAACACUGAGGAUUUCAGCUACAUCACAAUUAACACAAUUUGACUAAAAAGAAAACAUUUUCAAAGAUGAACAGAAAAAUUCUCAUAGUCCUUAUGAUUAUAGCAUCAGGGAAUGCCCAAAGCCCAACAACGAAUGCCCCCACAACAUCCACAGUUUCUCCCACAACAACCACAGGUGCUGCCACCACAACCACAGGUGCUGCCACCACAACCACAGCAGGCAUCACAACUACCACAGUUGCUCAUUCAACAACCACAGCUGCUCCAACUACAACCUCAACUACGUCCAUGAUGACCACCACAGUUCCUGCCAUGACAACGACACCUGCAAAUGCUGCAGCAGCCACCACAACCACAGUUGCUGCAACAACAACCACAGGUGCUCCAACUACAACCACAACUACUUCUGCAACCACAACCACAGCUGACCCCACGACCACCACAGCUGGCAUGACGACUACCACAAUUCCAGUCACAACAACCAUAGCUGCUUCGACAACAUCAACAGCAGCAACCACCACAAUCACAGGAGCUGCCACCACAACCACUUCUGCUCCUACUACAACCACAGCUCCUGUCAUUACAACCACAGAUGCUCCAACUACAACCACAAAUGGAGUCACAUCAUCCACAGUUUCUCCCACAACAACCACAGAUGCUCCAACUACAACAACAAAUGGUGUCACAACAACCACAGUUUUUCCCACAACAACCACAGGUGCCGCCACAGUCACCACAGCAGGCGUCAUAACUACCACAGUUGCUCAUUCAACAACCACAGCUACCACAGUUCCUGCUGACAACAACCUGCAUCCAGCAGAUGCUCCAACUACAACCACAAAUGGAGUCGCAACAUCCACAGUUUCUCCCACAACAACCACAGCUGCUCCAACUACAACCACAAAUGGAGUCACAACAACCACAGGUGUUGCCAUCACAACCACAGGUGCCGCCACCACAACCACAGGUGCUGCCACGGUCACCACAGCAGGCAUCACAAAUACCACAGUUGCUCAUUCAACAUCCACAGCUGCUCCAACUACAACCUCAGCUAUAAUAAUAAGAAAACCGUUUGAAGAUGAAUGCAACACUUAUUACAGUCCUUCUUCUGAUUAUAGGGAAUUCACAAAGCACAAUAACCAAUGCCCUCACAACAACCACAACUGCUGCCACAACAACCACAGCUGCUGUAACUACAGCCACAGUAGCCGCCAACACAACUACAGCUGCUGCCACAACAACCACAGUUGCACCAACUACAACUACAGCUGUCGCCACCACAACUACAGCUGCCGUAACUACAGCCACAGUAGCCGCCAACAGAACCACAUCUGCUGUAACUACAGCCACAGUAGCCGCCAACACAACUACAGCUGCUCCCACAACAACCACAGCUGCUGCCACAUCAACGACAGAGGCUGCCAUGUCAACCACAGCUGCUGCCACAGGAACCACAGCUUCUCCGACUACAACCACAGCUGCUGCCACAAGAACCACAGCUUCUCUGACUACAACCACAGCUGCUCUAACUACAACAACAGCUGCUGCCCUUUCAACCACAGCUGCUGUAACUACAGCCACAGUAGCCGCCAACACAACCACAGCUGCUUUAACUACAGCCACAGUAGCCGCCAACACAACCACAUCUGCUGUAACUACAGCCACAGUAGCCGCCAACACAACUACAGCUGCUGCCACAACAACCACAGUUGCACCAACUACAACUACAGCUGUCGCCACCACAACUACAGCUGCCAUAACUACAGCCACAGUAGCCGCCAACAGAACCACAUCUGCUGUAACUACAGCCACAGUAGCCGCCAACACAACUACAGCUGCUCCCACAACAACCACAGCUGCUGCCACAUCAACGACAGAGGCUGCCAUGUCAACCACAGCUGCUGCCACAGGAACCACAGCUUCUCCGACUACAACCACAGCUGCUGCCACAAGAACCACAGCUUCUCCGACUACAACCACAGCUGCUCUAACUACAACAACAGCUGCUGCCCUUUCAACCACAGCUGCUCCAAUUACAACCACCACAACUACCGCUGCUGCCCCCACAACCACAGCAGCUCGAACAACAACCACAGCUGCUGCUACGACAAUCACAGCUGCUCCAGCUACAACUACUAAAAAAGCCACGGCUGCCACAACAACAUCCAUUUUUGCUGCAUCAACCACAGCUGCUGCCUCCAGUGGAAUAUGCUUCAAGACAAGUCUUCUCACAAUCUGCCUGGCUGUGAUGUCAUGUCUGGUUCACUCAUACCGGUAGACGAAUCAUCAUCUUGAUAGCAUACCUCAAAAUACACAUAUCAAAUCCUAUUCAUAAUUGUUUAUAGAGCGGUUGAUUCGAGCCAAGAAUGCUGAUUUGGUGAAAGCAAUAGUAUAUCACACCGUAUACCAUGGGUAUGACAAAAAACAACCUUUACUGGUCUAAUUACACUUGUAAUCAGUUUAUAAUGGCAAUAAGGCACCUCAGGGGUUUGUGGUAUACGGCCAAUAUACCAUGGCUAAGAGCUGUAUCCAGGCACUCUGCAUGCCUAAAAACAGCCCAUAGCUGUGGUGUAUUGGCCAUAUGUAUUGGCCCAUAGCUGUGGUGUAUUGGCCAUAUACCACACCUCCUUUGGCCUUAUUGAAUAUAAUGAAAUAUAUAUAAUGAAAAUAUAAAUAAUAUGUAUUUUGAAGACGGUAAAGAUUCCUAGAGACACUGAAAUAUCUGUAGGAUCUUCUUAAACAACUGCUGCUACUCAGUCCCCUUUACCCUUAAAUAAUCAUCCUUGUAGUCACAGUUAUUUUGUAUUUAUUUUAACUAAACAUUGUAUUUUGUGCUAUUACGCACCUCACCUUAAUUCAGUAUUAAACAAAAACUCUGACUACUUUGAAUAAAUAUAUUUUUUAAAGAAAUUCUGAUCAAUUUACACACAAUACCCUAUAAUGAAAAAGAAAAAACUGGGUUUUAGACAUUUUUGCAAA